AUGGUUAAGAAUGUUCUCAAUGAAGUGACAGGCCUGCAAAGACCCUCUCCAGCAUCCUCCCUAACCAUGGGGGUUUACCCAGCUGAAUUUGUGGAGGAAAUUGUUGCUAGACUCUUAUCAAAAAUCUUCAGCCCAAAAGUGAAAACGGGGGCAGAACUAAACAAUGUGACACACAAAAUUGUAGAUUCCAUAAAUGCUCAUUUUGAUCGAGCCAAAGUUCGAUUGGUACGCCAUGAUGAGACACAACCUUUUCCACCUCUGAAUAGCGAUAUUGUGGAUGAAUUGGUGGAUUCUGUCUACUGUAAUGUCCUGCAACAGCAUGGACUAGAUCCUACAACUAAGAGUAAAGUAAAAGAACAAGAAGUACUACCUGAUGAUGAUUUUAUAAGUGCAGCUGCGAGACUAACCGAUGCAAUUAUAUCUGAAAUUUCUGAACACGAAAUUAGACUGACUGCUGCAGAGGAGAAUGCCUCACAUAUGAAUCUGGAAACUAUUGAAAGCAUAGUUGAUUCAAUUUGCAAAAAUAUUUUGAAGAAAGCUGAAUUCCAAGCUGAAGUCCAGAAGGAGGAGAGUGAGAAGGGAGGCACAUUUCUCACCAAAAUAGCUGGCUUCAUUAUGAAGGAAAUUGUAGAUCAUCACCUCCAGCCAUUCUUACAUGAGGAUGACACUGAUUCUGCUGAAGCUUCUGAAAAAGAGUCUAUCGUUGAUAUUCUCGAGCAAGAAAAAGAACGACCGGGCACCCCCCAGCCUUCCCUUUACUCAGCAACAUUUUUAGAAGAUGUUAUUUUUGAUCUUGUUCGAAAAUUGUGCCCUGCCCCACAAACUCCUGAGGAGGAUGAGGAAGAAAGUACUACAGAAACCAACCUUGUGAGCAUGGCUAUCAAAUUAGUAAAUUCCCUAAUAGGUGAAUUUCGGAAAAGUGACAUCAAGGUUCUCCCCAAUGCUGAAGAAUUGUUUUCUUUUCCACCAGUAGAUAAAGAAACUAUUGAUAAAGUGUCUGAGUCUGUGUAUGAUGAGGUUAUUAAAAAAUAUAAAUCUGAGGAUGCUCAUGAUGAGGAAGAGAGCAAUUUUUAUAUUGAAAUGAUAUCCACCUUAGCAAAGAAAGCAAUCUCAAGUUUCAAGGUUAAGCCCCUUUUUUCUGGAGACUGGUUUUCCCCUUUCUUUUCAUUUCUAGAACCAGAUAAAAUCACCCAAAGAGUCCAAUAUCAACCGGCAAAGAGCUCAUUUGAUAAAAACAUAAAGAAGGCUCCUGCCAAAGAUUCUUUACUGAAAGAUUCCCUUGCAGUAACCCGAGCUAAAAAUAUAAAAACUGAGAAAGAUCUGGGCACAAAAAGUGAAAAGAAGAGUGAAGAGAAGGCUGAAGCUACACUUAGUAAUUAUGACCAGGAUUCAAUGUUCAUUUCACUAGCCAGCACUAUGAAAACUAAAAUGUGUGCCCUAAAAUCUGAAGAGUGGGAUCUAAUUGAGAAAAGGGAAAGUGGGAAAAAGACAGGCGAGAGCCCUACUAAAAUAGAUGAAGACAAGGAUUCAACAAAAUUCAUUUCUGUAGCCACCAGUACUAGAAGUAGUAUGAAAACUCACCAGGACCAAGGCUUGCAAACAUCAGAUAUAAAGAGUGAUGAGGUUUCAACCAAAGAUGAGGUGGAUGAGUACAAGGAAGAGUCAGUACAAGUCUUUACAGUUAUGAAAAGCAGAAAGGGGAUCCCAGAAGUGGAUUUAAAGAGAAUACCCAAGAAGAGCAGUAUGAAGAAGAAAGAAUACCAUUUGGAUACUGAAACUUAUGAUGAAAAACUUUCUCCACUAAAAAGUAAGAAAACAGAAGAACCGGUUUUGAAAUUAUCAAGUAGUAUCAAGUUCGAAGAAAAGAAAAAAGACAUUUCAGUUGGGACAGACGAUGAUGAAGGGGCAUUUAGUUUCACUCCUGCAGUCACUAAGAUGAAAAGUACAAAGACUUUACAUGAUCCAAAUUUCAAAUCAGCCUUUAAAAGCAAGAAAGAGAGUGGUGUUCAAACAGAUACUGAAGAUGCAUAUUUUGAAAAUGUUGAAAAUGUGAUCGAGAAUAUUUACAGUAAUGUUUUAGAAAUGUCUACUCAGACAUCUCUAGAUGAUACCAGGCAUACAAGUGUCAUUCCUACCCAAACAGCACCUGCUGAGAAUCUUGGCCAACCUUCACCAAUAGCUCCAGUGCACCCAGUUCCCAAGGAUGUUCCUGACAAAGGCAAAGAGGUGAAGAAACAACAGCCUGAUAAUGCCAAAAAAACAUCCUAUUUAUCUAAAAUGAGAUCGGGUAUUUUUUCAGCUAAAUUUUUAGAAGAUGUUGUUACGGAGAUUGUAAACACACUGAUCUUCUCUUCUUCACCAGAAAGUUGUAAAGACUGUAAAAAAGUUCAGGAUGAUAUAAGUCAGAAUGAUCUCUAUGAUACAGCAAUGAAACUGAUUGAUUCCUUGUUAAAAGAGUUUUCUGAAGCCCGCAUUAAGGUGUUUAGGCCCACUGAGGAAAAACAACCUUCGCCCCAGGAACCUAAAGUACCGACUAAGGAGAAAGUGCUAGAUCAUAGUAUACGGAAAGUACCAACUCUCCAAAGAACGCCCUCACCGACUAAAAUGCCAUCUGUGUCCCCCAAAACCUUGGUUGAUAAGGGAUCAUGUACAGAUAAAGAACAUUACAUUGAUUAUAUGCCAUUAGUGGAUAAAACAUUGGUCAAUAAGGUUGUGCACGCCUCUUUGUGUAAUGUUUUGCGUGAAUACAGAUCUCAAGACUCAAUUUGUAAAGACAUCAAUGAUAGUGAUAAGUUAGCCAAAAGAUUAGCUGGUGCUGUGAUAGAAGAAAUGUUUCAGCAUCAGCUCAACCUACUACUACAAGAUGAAAUGCCCCCUGAAGUGUGCAUACCUCUGAAACCUAAGGAUGUUGUUAAAAAAGUACAAAAAGUCGCCAAAAAACACACCAAAGAAUGUCAAACUUCCUCACCAUAUACCAUCAUAUUGCCUCACGAAUUUUUAGAAGAGAUGAUUUCAUCUCUUCUAGCCAAAAUUUUCCCAGCAGGAACUGAAAAAAUUAUAGACUCAGAUGAAGAAAGUGACAGUCUUUUUACUGAACUGAACUUCAUUCAAAUGAAAUUGGUCAGCAGGAUUAUGACAGAGAUAUCAAAAGACGAAGACAUGAUAAUACAGUAUGUUGAAUGCUUACACCCCAAUGAUGAUGAAGUCAUUCAGGUAGUGGUACAAUCUAUUUACAGUAAUCUUCUGCCACAGUUUGGCUCUCAAGAGGUCAUUCAGAACUGUGCAACAAGUGGAUGCAGAAUGCUUUCCGAAAGUAUAGCUGAUCUAGUUGUACGAGAGGUCGCUGGCAAUCAGCUGCAGACCUACUUUUCUGGAGAGUUAACACCCUACCAAUGUGACGAAGUUGACACUGUUGUUGAAAAUAUUCUUAAAGAUAUCUCCCAGAGCCCUGAAAGUCUUCCACCUAAACGAAUCUAUGAUCACAAAUUACCUUUGAACAUCCUAGAAGAGAUUGCAGCACAGUUUUUAUCCCGACUUUUGUCUGUGUUCCCUAUGAUAGAGAGGGAAAGAACUAAGUCUUUGGAGGCUGAAUUGGAAAAAAUCACUAACAAAAUAAUAACAUCAUUGAAAGAGUUUAUAUCCAAAAGUCCAAUUAAAAUUGUACAACAGACUAAUGAACCUCCCACACUGCCUAAAGAAGAAAAUCAGGCUAUUGAAAAAGUGGUUGAUAAUGUUUAUGAUAGCGUUUUAAAACAUUCUGGCUCUCACACAUCUAUGUAUCAAGAUUUAGUAGGGAAGAGCAAUGUUCUAGCUGAUAUAAUAGCCUUUUUAAUGGUCAAAGAAAUUUCCAAACCUGCAUUUCGGCCUCAUAUGAAACAAAUCCCUCGUGAGGAAAAACACUCUAGGGAAGAAAGCAUUCCCCAAGAAGAAAAAUUCUCUUGGGAAGAAAGAAUCCCCUGUGAGGAAAAAUUCCCUCGUGAGGAAAGAAUGCCUCGUGGGGAAAAAUUCUCUCGUGAGGAAAGACUCUACUCACAUGAGGAAAGAUUCCCUCGUGAGGAAAGAUUCGCUCGUGAGGAAAGAUUCCCUCGUGAGGAAAGAUUCGCCCGUGAGGAAAGAUUCGCCUUUGAGGAAAGAUUCGCCCCUGAGGAAAGAUUCCCUCGUGAGGAAAGAUUCGCCCGUGAGGAAAGAUUCUCCCGUGAGGAAAGAUUCCCUAGUGAGAAAAGAUUCAGUCGAGAGGAAAGAUUCCCUAGUGAGAAAAGAUUCAGUCGAGAGGAAAGAUUCCCUCGUGAAGAAAGAUUCCCUCGUGAAGAAAGAUUUUCUCGUAAGGAAAGAUUCUCUCGUGAAGAAAGAAUCCCUCGUGAUGAAAGAUUCCCUUGUGAGGAAAGAAUCCCUCAUGAGGAAAAAUUCUCUCGUGAGGAAAGAAUCCCUCAGGAAGAAAAAUUUUCUCGAGAGGAAAGAAUCCCUCAGGAGGAAAAAGUCCCUCACGAAAAAAAAUUGUCUCAUGAAGAAACUACUGCUCCUGAGGAAAAACGCACUAGUGAAGAAAAAAUCUCUCAUGAGGAAAAAUUAUCUGAUGAGGAAGAGACAACAGGUCCUCAGCUGGCACUCGAAGCUGUCAAAAUUAUGGAAAAAGUCCUUAAAAUUCUUGAUGGCAUUAAGUCACGGGAAAAACCCUCAGUCCCCAGAGUCCCAGUGCUGGAUGCCUCCUUUUUGGAGGAAACAUUGGCAUUAUUCCUAGCAAAAAUAGUUAAGUUGCCCUGUGAGGCAACUGAAGAGGCAAAAAACUUAUCCAAACCUGAACUGAAUAAAAUUGCAACUCAACUGACAAAAUCAGUGACAGCUGAAAUUUCCAAAAGUAACAUUAGUCUUGUGGCUGCUGACCCUGAAGUGCACUUUAUGAACUCAGAAAAUAUUGAAAUGAUUUCUCAAGUCGUUGAUUCUGUUUAUAGUAAUGUUUUGCGACAGUCGGGAACCCAAGAGGAAUUUUUUCAUGAUAUAAAAAGCGUGAACAGAUUUUUCCCCAAAAAAGUAGCUAGCUUAAUAGUCAGUGAGAUUUCUCAUUGUCCCCCAGAAUCUGUUAGCACUCGCAGUUCAUCCAUUGAUGUCUUCAGUGAUCUGGAUGUUGAACGAAUUGUAGAAAAAGCCAGUGAGCAUGUCAGCAAAAUGGAUUCUAUGCUAUUAAGUGAAGAUGAUAAUAUAGGGGAUGACCUGGAUGUUAAAAUUAUUCCUCACCUUGGAAAUAAGCCAAUCAGAAUAGAUCCAGCUAUUGUUUCUGAACACUUGGCAGUAAUUUCACUCAAAACUCAACCACUGGAGAAACUGAAGAAGCAGUGUUUGUCAAGAACUGGACACAGUCUAGCAGAGCUAAGAAGAGCUUCAAUAAGUGGCAAGAGCUACUCAUCAGAAUUAAUUGAUAUAGAAACAAGGAAAAAGGAAAGAAGGAUCUCUUUGGAUAGAACAGGACGGUUGGAUGCAAGGCCCUUUGAGGCUGUUUGCAGGAACUCAUUUCAGAAUAUAAGAAAACCUGAUAUCACCAGGGUGGAACUCUUAAAAGAUGUCCGGAGCAAAAAGGACCUUAUUAUUCGGCUAGUUGCUCAUGAUAUUGAUGAAGAAGAGGCAGAAAGGAGGGAGGAUACCUUCCUCUCUGACGAGGAAGAAUUUGGUAUCCGAGAAGUUGUUUUAAAAGAAGAGUGUGCCCUUGAACUGAUGGAAACCCGUAUAAAGGAGCAGGAACAGGAGAAAGUCCCACAAAGUAAAGGCGGUCUGCCCAAGUCUUCACUGAGCGCCAGUAGCCUGAAGAAACUUUUGUCUAUAAGCAAGUGUUGUCAAUCUACUUCUACAACUACCCCACCAGAAAAUAUUCAAAGGUCCCCAACUAAAACCAAGGAAUCCAAAGCCCAACAGGUGCCAGAGGAGCUAGAACUGCUAGAAAUCCCAGAAAUGUUGAUAUCUGGUAAAGAAAGACAAGUGCUUACUCGGGUAGCAGCCUCGGCAAGGAUGGAGUCUUCUAAAUUAGAAGCAAAACCACUACCCUCCCAAGAAGAGGUGAAAACCACUGUUCCAGAGCCUCCACAUUAUCUAAUACACAGAACUAUGAGCUCGUACUCUUACACCCAAGAGAUGUUUGCCGAAGGAGAUGGCGCAGAGUCGGGCAGGAAAAAAACUGACGUGUAUCUAGAAGAGGCCAAGACAUUAGAUGAAACGAGCAGCCUCCAGUUUAUCACCAUCUACGAAGGACCCAAAUCGCCCUCACAGACCUCCAAGGAGAGCACACCAAGUAUGUGACAUGCUCUUCAAAUACCGACUUAAUUAGCUUAAGUUCCCACAUUGGUCCCUGUGAAUUGAAAAUUUGUGAUCAUUUCUCUUCCCCAGUUUCUGCUCCCAGCCCCCAAAAGUAAGAAAUAGCAAGCGGGCCCCAAAUUAGCAGAAGGCUUCCAUGUUUAUCACUGUACGUCCCACUGAAUAACUAACCCGCCAUGGUCUCGCUCUCUUUUAAGACUUUUCACUAAUACAGAGAGGGCCUCCCUUUUCCCAUUCCAAAAGGGAUCACGGGAUUUACCUCUGGAGCCACCCCAGGACACCAGAUCCCAUGGCUCCUUUGAAUGAUCUUACUUGCUUUUACAGAAGGUUAGCUGCGUAGCCAGGGUUGGGGUUUUGUGUCCGAGGCUCUCUUAUCAACUGUACAAACUGCCCGGAGAGACGCUAAAAUUGUCAAUCAGAUGAAUUGUUGAAUAAGUCUUGUUCUAAGCCAAUAUUGCUCUAACCACACUCUAUGGAUGGUGACUACCCACCACCUCAUGCAAUUGAAGUAUUCAAGACACCUCAGACCAAUAAAGCAGACCCACUGCCCAGAAAUCAGUUUUUACAAAAUGCAGUCCAUGUUAUGGCUGAUUCAAAGAAAGGAGAUAACCUAGAGCCCGGAAGCCUUUGAUGGGAGACAAAGAGUCCGUCUCUUCUCUUUCUCGUGUUUUCAUUCACUCUCCUUCAGACGUGUAUGUGUGUGUGAAGUAUAUACACAAAUGCACACACAUACACUAGGCUUCUAUGGAAUUUCACAUCAUCUCUGCUGUUCUGUUUCACUCUCUCCUGUGGCACUUGCCUCUUGGGCAUUGUGGUAUAUUACACAGUAUAACCUGUGGUUAGGAAAAACCUGGGUUCAAAUUUCACCUUCGCUAUUUACUAGCUGGCUGACUGUACACAAGUUACAGGAUGGGUCUUUGUUCUGGUCUGAAGGAGGUCUCCCUCUGGGAGCUGUGGCCAUCUCCAUUCCUACCACACCAUGAUGACUGAUGGCAGCCAUCUUUAAGUGAGGGGAAGGACCUUGGCUUCAGUAGCUCUUUGAAGAGAGGCAAAGGGUGGGGGGGGACAGAGAGAGAAUACAUACAUAUCAGAGGAGGGAGGUUACCACUGUCCAGAUAGGGAGGAUACCCCUAUUCCAUAUCCCCACUAUUUCAUUUUUCAUCACGGUUUUGUUUCAAAAGUCAACUUAAUUUUUAGUAGAAACAAAUUUCGAAAAACAGAUGUUCUUAUAACCUCGUAUCUUCACGUAAGCUUAAAGGAUUAAAGAGACCUUCAAAUAGGCUAGUGGCCCUCAUUUUAAGAGAGGCCACUCAGAGCCAGAGAGGCAAAGGGACUUAGCCAAGAACCCCACGGCAGCCACCAGCAGAGCCCGACUUUGUCCCAAGUCCCCCACUUCUCAUUAUAACACCCCUACUCAGAUUAGACAGGGAACACAAAAUCAGCCUACCCAACGACAGCAAAGGAUCGUGCCCCCGAGCACUUAUUGUCUAUCUGGGCAAAGAGGACAAUUCUUAUUCCCAAGGAGCUUCCAACCUCACAGCAAAAUCAGAAAGAAAUUCAGUGAAGUGGAAUGGAGGAGAAAGUGAUCCCAGGCACAGGGGAUGACCCAAUAUGCGUGAGGAACAGAGAAGAUAAUGGUUUGGCUGGAAAGCUAGGUUGGAGGCAGAUUGGGUAGGCCCUUAAAAGCUAAAUGGAGAAGCUUCUGUGUUCUCCCAGAGGCAACAGGAAGCCCCAGGGGGCUGGUUGAGUAAAAAGAGUCACGUGGUAAGAUCUGGGCUUGACAUCAGCUGCAGAUAGGAUAGACUGGAGUGGGAGACUUGAGAUAGGGAGACCAAUGUGGAGGCUGUUGUGGUCAUCUAGCUGAGAGGUGAUGAGGGCCAGCCCUGAGAGAUGUGAAAAAUGUACGGAUGUUGAGUGGGAUGAGGGGCGGAGAAGCUGAGGUUCAUUGCAAGGCCGUGAACCUGAGAAACCCGGAAACUGGUACUUUCACUAGAAAUAGGAUAGUCUAGAAGAAGGGAAGUUUGGGAAGAAAAAUAAUCUAUUCAGGGAGAGGGACCGUGGAGGAAUGUAAUGAUGUAAGGGUGAUGAGGUAGGAGUGUAUUCUAGGUCUGUAAGAAUGUACAGAGGCAGAAAGUGGUAGAGUCAAAUGGAGAAGUGGUUCACUCAGUGCACUUUGAGAAACACAAAGGAAACGGCGGAGAGGAGAUGCACAAAGUAAAGCUGGAAUACCAGGUUCAGGAACUCGUACUUCACCCUAGACUAGGCAAAUGGGGAGACAGAGCUACGUGUGAAGGAUGGGUUGGGAACAGAGUGAGACUAAAGGCAAAAAGAUCAGUUAUAAGGACCCUAACUAGGUUUGUGGCCGUAGGAGUGGAGAAGGGAUGGACAUGAAAAGUACCGUAAAAGGAGCAAGGCAACUGAUUUAUGUAAGUGGGGAGGAGGGAUCCAGCAUGACUCCCUGGUUUCAGGCCCAAGUGACUAUCACUGAAGUUGGGAAGCCGGACCAAAGAGCAGGUCUGGAGAUGGAUUCCUUUUGGACGCUUGGGAGUUUGAGGAGCCGGAGAAGGCGGGCCAUGAGAGUAGGAGUUCAGUUUGGCCUGAGAUCAGGAGGUCUGAAGGAUACAGGGAAAAACAGGGCUGGAAAAGUAAAGUGACAAAAGCUUAUGACAUGCUAAUGCUAAUCCUUCAGCUACCUCCUUCCCAGGCUUAUCUUAAAGCUCCAACAAGGAAGCCUCUGAACAUGCUUUGUAAAACAUGAAACCCUAGAGAAGAGAGAGGAGGGGGAUGAGAACAUGAGAUGCUGUCCCUCAACUUAAGUCACAUCUGAGCAGCUCAAGGUCUAGUUCUGCUUUGUAGAAGAGUUAAAAAGUAUAAGAGAGCUCUAACUUGGCUAUUCCCACUCCCCUUGAUUUCUACCUACAGAAACUCCCAGGGCUCAGGUUUCCAGACAAUCUUCUACAGUGCUCGAGAAGGUGUCUUCAGCUCUGUCGAGGGUGUUUUCUCGAUCAAGCAC